UUUACCGCGUACAUAGCGAACAUAGGCGGCCCUACCACCCCGCAGCGCCAGGUGGCGCUCUUCUGUUGCCGUCGCCGCUCUGCCCUCUGCUCUCUCCCCACUUCCGCCAGGCCCCGGAAGCGGCAGAUGCACGGCGCGAUGGCGUCGGAGGGAAUGGCGCCGGCAGAGCUGCAAGCGGAGGGUGGUGCUGACGUGGAGCCGGAAAGCGGCUUCGGGCAGCUGCUGGAAGAAGAAGAGGAGGAUGGAGGUUACGUGCUGUACAGGGACAGGAAAGAGUGGGCAGACAUUGAACCCGUUCCUCAAAAUGACGGUCCGAAUCCCGUGGUUCAGAUCAUCUAUAGUGAAAAAUUUCGAGAUGUCUAUGAUUACUUCCGGGCCGUCCUACAGAAGGAUGAGAGAAGUGAAAGAGCUUUUAAGCUAACAGCAGAUGCCAUUGAAUUAAAUGCUGCAAACUAUACAGUUUGGCAUUUCCGGAGGGUCCUCCUGCAGUCUCUGGGAAAGGAUCUCUAUGAGGAGCUUAAAUAUAUUACAGCAAUAAUUGAAGAUCAACCAAAGAACUAUCAAGUCUGGCAUCACAGACGAGUGUUGGUGGAGUGGCUACAGGAUCCAUCCCAAGAGCUUGAGUUCAUAGCUGACAUUCUUAACCAGGAUGCCAAAAAUUACCAUGCUUGGCAACACAGACAGUGGGUUAUUCAGGAGUUCAAGUUGUGGGGCAAUGAACUGGAAUAUGUAGAUCAGCUUCUAAGGGAAGAUGUGAGAAACAACUCUGUCUGGAACCAAAGAUAUUUUGUAAUUUUCAACACCACCGGCUAUGAUGAUCCAGCAGUUCUGGACAGAGAAGUCCAAUACACUCUUGAAAUGAUUACAGCUGUACCACAUAAUGAGAGUGCUUGGAACUAUUUAAAAGGGAUUCUGCAGGAUCGUGGUCUUUCUAAGUAUCCAAAUCUGCUGGAGCAAUUGUUGAGUUUACAGCCCAGCCACAGUUCACCUUAUCUGAUUGCCUUUCUUGUGGACAUAUAUGAAGAUAUGCUUGAAAACCAGUGUGAAAACAAGGAAGAAACAUUAAAUAAGGCAUUGGAGCUGUGUGAAAUCCUGGCCAAAGAGAAAGACACUAUCCGAAAAGAAUACUGGAGAUACAUUGGGAGGUCACUUAAGAACAAGCACAGCUCCAGCACUGAGCAGAGCACGAUGACGGACAAGCAGCAAUAACUGAACUUGGAAGAAAUAAUGUUAAGCACUCAGGCUGUGUAGAAAAAUACUCAGUAGGGGACAUCAACUGUUGUAAAAUGCAUCAUAGCAUUCUCCUGGUGAAAGAGGUAUUGCUGCAAUAAAAGAGGACUGCAUAGUGCUGCAUAGUUUCUUGAGUUGCCUCUACUACUGGCGAUAUCUCUAGAUGUGGCGAAAAAUGAAUUAGAGCUUAAUAAUUUAAAUGUACCAACUAGAGGUAACAACAAAUACAUAAAGCUAUACUUGCUAUUUAUAAAGCACUAAACCAAUUUUUCACACCUACUUUUAUCUACUUGUUUCUAACAGUCAUGUCAGAUGCUGCAGUAAUGACUGCAAUUAAUUCUACGCAUAGGGGAUAUAAAGUAACCUACUUCAGAUUAGUGUACAAGUAGGUGCUGAAGCUGUUUCUUUACGUGAGAGCAGCUAUGCAACACUGGCAGUAUGUACUGUUGUAUGCAAUUAAUGCCAACUGUCAUUUUGUAAUAAAAACAGUUAAAGCAUUUAUCUGAAAUUCUUAGUGAUUUUUUUUUUCAUCUUUGAAUGUUCAUGGUGUGUUCUUCUCAGAUGCCAGUUGAGAUUAAAAAUAGAAUGUCUGCUUUAUGUA